CGCCGGCAGAAAACAGCCUCUUUAAGAAAAGCCAAAAGAAGUCGAAGGCGAAGCCCAACGGCAAGAAGCCGGCGGUGGAGGAGAAGAAGAUGUACCUGGAGCCGGAGCACACCAAGUCCAGGAUCACCGACUUUGAGUUCAAGGAGCUGGUGGUGCUGCCCCGGGAGAUCGACCUCAACGAGUGGCUGGCCAGCAACACAACGACGUUUUUCCACCAUAUCAACCUGCAAUAUAGCACAAUCUCUGAGUUUUGCACAGGAGAGACGUGUCAGACGAUGGCUGUGUGCAACACGCAGUACCACUGGUACGAUGAGCGGGGCAAGAAGGUGAAGUGCACGGCACCGCAGUACGUCGACUUCGUCAUGAGCUCCGUGCAGAAGCUGGUGACAGACGAGGACGUGUUCCCCACCAAGUAUGGCAGAGAAUUCCCCAGCUCGUUCGAGUCCCUGGUGAAGAAGAUCUGCAAGUACCUGUUCCACGUGCUGGGCCACAUCUACUGGUCCCACUUCAAGGAGACGCUGGCCCUGGAGCUGCACGGACACUUGAACACGCUGUACGCACACUUCAUCCUCUUCGCCAGGGAGUUCGGCCUGCUCGACCCCAAGGAGACCGCCGUGCUGGACGACCUCACCGAGGUGCUGUGCGGGGGCGGGGCCGGCGGGGGCCCAGGGGCACAGAACCACGUGAAGGAGAGGUGAGCCCCCGGACACAGGUGCUCAUGUGCAAAGAGACAGUUGCGUGUUCUCUCCAUGCGUCUGCGUGUGUGCGCA